AAAUUGUAUGUCCAAGCGGACAAUGCAGUGAGUAUUUUUACGCAAUUAUUACCAAAUACAAACUCCAGUUGAGAAUAUUUUUUUGCUGUUCCAAAGGACAGAUUGAAUAAAAAAACAUUAAUCAAUGACAAUCAUAUUCGCAAUUUGCGCUUAUAGCGUAUUUCUUCCUUUAGUAAGUUGUGAAGAUUCCAAAAAAUCUGGCAAUGAUCAGAAGAUCUCACCCGAGGAAGUUGUUCACGUUCGUGGGCUUUCAGAAGGUCCUCAUUGGGAUGUGAGAACUCAGAAGCUUUACUUUGUCCAAAUUUGGAAGCAACUUAUUUAUAGUUACAAUCCAGCGACAGGAGAAAUCUUUCAUGCGUACAUAAAGAAUGGUCCCGUCAGCGUAGUAUCAACAAUCAAGGACACUCCUGGCAAAUUACUUGUAGGAUCUGGUACCGAUAUUGCAUUAGUUACUUGGGAUGGUGAAAGUAAUAAUGAUAAUCCUGAAAUUAAAGUAUUAUUAAAUGAUAUGGAAAAGGGUGAAAAAGGCUACAGAUUUAAUGAUGGAAAGGUCGACGCCCUUGGAAGAUUGUGGGCAGGAACGAUGUGUCAGCUUAAACAUAAAAAUAUACCAAAAGUGGGAACUCUCUACCUUGUAGAAGAUGAUGUAAAUGGAAAAUUGAAUAUUGAAACAAAAAUCUCUUCAGUUUCCAUAAGCAAUGGCUUAGACUGGCAGAAGGACAAUAAAGUAUUUUAUUAUACAGAUACCCUGACAGAUAAAGUUUUCACCUACGAUUUUGAUAUAUCUUCUUCAAACAUCACGAAUAAAAGAGUCCUUGUUGAUGUUAAGGAAAAAGGAUUUAUAGGAGAUCCGGAUGGCAUGACAAUCGACACUGAUGGAAACCUCUGGGUUGCUUUAGUUCAUGGAUCUAAAGUACUUCACGUGGAUUCAAAAAGCGGCAAUAUCCUGAAAGAAAUUGAUUUCCCAGUAAAGAUGGUAACGAGUGUCGCUUUCGGCGGUCCCAACUUGGAUAUUUUAUACGUAACAACAGCCACCUACGAUUUUCCAGAUAAAAUUGUUGACGAAAACGGUGGUCCAAUUUUCGCACUGAAAAACCUUGGAGUGAAAGGAUUCCCUCCACAUUUAUUCAAGUUGAACAAUAAUUACGAAUGAAUAUCCUAUUAUUGAAAAUGAAGCUAAAGUGGCAAAAUUAAAAAAAAUAUAUUAAAUUAAAAUUGUAUUUCAGUGGAAUAAAUGAUGGAAAUAAAAUAAAAUACUACAUUUUUGUAUUAAA